AGCAGCGCGUCUCGUUGCUUGGGGAAGGUUCUGGAAGCUUAGGAGCAACCAAGUUGGCCCCAGAUUGUGGCAGCAUUAGAAGCUGAGUUGAUCCAAAGAUAGACAGAUGGCUGAAAGUGCUGGAAAAGAAAAUAUAAAAUGGACGACCACCAUUAUUAUUAGCUCAUCUCUUAAGAAUUGUGAAGUUGCAACCACCCUAGAAAAUCGAAGCCACAAGAUUCGAUACUCAGAUUCAGUGGAAAAUGGAUCAAUUGUAUUUUCUGUUACUGGAGUUGCAUUUUUAUUGAUGGAUGCUAAAGAAUGCUUUAUGUCAACUGAAGAAACAGUUCUAGCCAAAAUUGAGAAGUUUAUUAACAUUCACCGAAAUAGUUUUUUGGUUCUGUCUGCUGCCCUCCACGGGCCCGAGGAAUGGAAACUGAUGUUCAGGAUUCAGCAGAGAUUCCUGGGUAGUAAUUUACGGAUACUUCCAGUACACAACACAGUAAAUGCUAUUAAUCUUAUGUGCACCAUAGCUAAGAUCACUGCCAAACCACACAUAGAUAGCAUCUGCUGCAGAAUGAUAACAACUAAAGCAUACAUCAUUGAGCAAAGUCCUGUUUGGAAAACACUUCAAAAGAUAAAACUGAGUAGUGAUUCAUUUAACCCAAAUUAGAGUAUGAAUUAUAAGUGUUCUUUUGGAAGAAUAUUAAACUAAUUAUGUUGAAUUAUAAUGUUCAAAUAUAUAAAGGUUUUUAAAAUUUAAAAUAAAAUAUAUACAAAACUGAUUAUUUUUAG